GCCCCGCGGCCCCGGCCAAGGGCUGGGACUUCUCUCCGGCGGCGGCGAACGAGUGCGGGCUCCGUGCGCUGCCGCAACCGCCGCGCCCCUAGCCCGAGCCGAGAUGAGCGGCAGAGUCGGCGACCUGAGCCCCAAACAGAAGGAGGCACUGGCCAAGUUUCGGGAGAAUGUCCAGGAUGUGCUGCCCACCCUGCCGAAUCCAGAUGACUAUUUUCUCCUGCGCUGGCUCCGAGCAAGAAGCUUUGACCUGCAGAAGUCGGAGGCCAUGCUCCGGAAGCAUGUGGAGUUCCGAAAGCAAAAGGACAUUGACAACAUCAUUAGCUGGCAGCCUCCGGAGGUGGUCCAACAGUAUCUGGCAGGGGGCAUGUGCGGCUAUGACCUAGAUGGCAGCCCACUCUGGUUCGAUAUCAUUGGACCUCUGGAUGCCAAGGGGCUGCUGUUGUCAGCCACCAAACAGGAUCUGCUCAGAACCAAGAUGCGGGAUUGUGAGCUGCUCCUGCAGGAGUGUGCCCGCCAGACCACAAAGAUGGGGAAGAAGGUGGAGACCAUCACCUUGAUUUAUGACUGUGAGGGGCUUGGCCUCAAGCAUCUCUGGAAGCCGGCUAUAGAGGCCUAUGGAGAGUUUCUCUGCAUGUUUGAGGAAAAUUAUCCUGAAACACUGAAGCGUCUUUUUGUUAUUAAAGCCCCCAAGCUGUUUCCGGUGGCUUACAACCUCAUCAAACCUUUCCUGAGUGAGGACACACGUAAGAAGAUCCUGGUUCUGGGAGGAAACUGGAAGGAGAUUUUACUGAAGUACAUCAGCCCUGAUCAGCUGCCUGUGGAGUAUGGGGGCACCAUGACUGACCCUGAUGGAAAUCCCAAGUGCAAAUCCAAGAUCAACUAUGGGGGUGACAUCCCCAAGAAGUACUAUGUGCGAGACCAGGUGAAACAGCAGUACGAGCACAGUGUGCAGAUUGCCCGCGGCUCAUCGCACCAGUUGGAAUAUGAGAUCCUCUUCCCCGGCUGCGUCCUCAGGUGGCAGUUCAUGUCGGAUGGGGCAGACAUUGGCUUUGGGAUUUUCCUGAAGACCAAGGUGGGGGAGCGGCAGCGGGCAGGCGAGAUGUUGGAGGUGCUAGCCAGCCAGAGGUACAAUGCUCACCUGGUACCUGAGGACGGGACACUCACCUGCAACGAUCCUGGCAUCUAUGUCCUGCGGUUUGACAACACCUACAGCUUCAUUCAUGCCAAGAAGGUCAGUUUCACUGUGGAGGUCCUGCUACCAGACAAAGCUUCAGAAGAGAAGAUGCAACAGCUGGAGACAGUCACUCCAAUGUAACAUUCUUCCAUCGCAGGCCUGGCCCCCUCAGUGUCUCCCAGUUUCCACCUGUUCUUAGCAGUCAUUUUCCCAAAACCUUGCUGCCCAAAGAAGCUGGGCUGGAGGAAAGACCCCAGGCUGGAUCUGGGGAGCUUUUGUUUCAGAACCGGGGAGAGGGAGAGUGGGUCUCCUUGCCUCUCAAAGUACUAAGGAGUCCCCAGGGUCUGGGCACCUUGAUAGGAUCUAUCUGUCCUGUAAGCAGUGCCAACUUCACUCAUCCAGUGACAGCUAAGAUGGGGAGGAGGUACCCUGAGGUGGCAGCAGGGAAGAAAUUAGAAAAGGGGGAGAGAUUGAGACCUGACACUUCAGGGAAGCCAGCUGCAGGGAAGGAACUGCUCUCAAAUGAGCCUGUAAAUCUAGAUGAUAAUGAGGAGUAGCAGGGUAGCCAGUUGCUAAAAUUAUGGUGGGGGUCAGAGGCUAUUCCAGACUCUAGCACUAAGGCCAGGGCAUCUUUUGGCUUUUCCCAGGCCUCUGGAGUUGGCCUGAGUCAGCUCCCUCAACUGGAACUCCUGGGUCCCACUGGCUGCCUCCUUAAUUGCCAGUGAUUGUCAGUGACUCCGAGCUUCCUGGGACAGUGAGCUCUGGUACCCAGCCACAGUCCUCCAAUGCAAACCAAGCACAAGGGAAAUUACCUCUAGGGGUCACAACUCGGUUAAGGGCCAGGGAGGCUGGGGGCAGAAGUGAGUCAUGGGGCUCCCAUUCCCCUUUACACUGCCCACAGCCUCUUACCAAGUAGCCCUCCAUUAGGACACCCCAGACAGAAAUCACAAGUGGGAUGAAGCAGCAGCACACACGGGGUAUUUCCCAGUCUGCAUCUCCCACCAGUGCCCGCCAACCCACUUCCCAACUGACCUGAGCAAGGCUUUGGCAGUCCCCGCUCUGGGAGGCAUGAGGGCUGGUACAAGUAGGUUCUGUGCCAGGUGAGGUGGGCAGGUUUCCCCAGCAGGAGGCCAUUGGCCAGUGGCAUCUUACAGAGUCAGGGACUGGGGGCAGUCACAGGCAGCCUUGCAGGUCCCCAGCCCCUCUGUCCGUUGUGACUCCAAGCAGGGAUGGGCCAUGGGGAUGCUGAACAACCUGGGGGCUGGAGGGUACUGACCCUAUGGGCAACUGCGGCACUUAACACAAACGCACACGUCAUUCCGUGAACAAACUGCCAGGCCCUAGGCUGCACAGGACAGGGGAAGGCGCCUUCAGGUCCGCGCGGGAACCCCUUUCUCUAGCCUGGGACGCUAAGCGUGGGGCACAGGCAGAGCUGGCGCAGACUGGAGGGGGCCGGGGCCUCGCGGGCCGCAGCCAGACCCCUCAGGAGGACAUACGGCCUUGGUUUACAACGCUGUUAGGAAAAUUAACCAAUGAAUAAAGCAACGUUCAGUGCGCA